AUGAGUGCCUCUAUGAUGAGCCCUGUUCCCAUCGAGGACCAAGCCAAACUUUUAGAUGAAGUUCUAAACGUGGUUAAAGUACAAGCUCAUUUGAUGAAAAAGUGUUUGGAAAACAACAAGCUCAUGGAUGGCUUGAAGCACUGUUCCAACAUGCUCGCUGAACUGAGAACAUCUGCGUUGACACCCAAGAACUAUUAUGAGCUCUACAUGUCCAUCUUUGAUGCCAUGCGCCAUUUAACCGCCUUCUUGACGGAAGCACACACUGCUGGCCGUCAUCAUUUAGCCGACUUGUACGAACUAGUUCAAUAUGCAGGCAAUAUCGUGCCUCGUCUCUAUUUGAUGAUUACUGUAGGUGCUGCAUAUAUGAGUAUGCCCGAUGCUCCUGUUCGUGAAAUUAUGCGCGAUAUGAUGGAAAUGACAAGAGGUGUUCAGCACCCUAUUCGUGGCCUGUUUUUGAGAUAUUAUCUUAGUAGCAUGACCCGUGAUCAUUUACCCGUGGGUGAAGGCUCUGGACCUGAAGGCAAUGUGUUUGAAUCCAUCAACUUUAUCCUGACCAACUUUACCGAAAUGAACAAGCUGUGGGUUAGAUUACAGCAUCAAGGUCAUUCCCGUGAUCGCGAGAAGCGUGAAGCAGAGCGCAAAGAGUUGCGUAUCUUGGUGGGCACAAACUUGGUGCGUUUGAGUCAGUUGGAUGGUGUUGACCUCAAGAUUUAUCAAAAGGACAUUCUUCCCGGCAUCUUGGAUCAAGUUGUUAGCUGUCGUGAUGUAAUCGCUCAAGAAUAUCUCAUGGAAGUCAUCACUCAAGUCUUUCCCGACGAUUUCCAUCUUCGUACAUUGCAACCCUUCCUUUCCGCCACUGCUCAAUUGCAUCCUAAAGUCAAUGUCAAGCAAAUCAUUAUUUCAUUGAUUGACCGUUUAGCUGCCUUUGCUGCUCGUGAAGCUGAAGGAGAAGAACCUAACGAUGCCAAAAAGCAAAGAGAGGAGAAUAUUCGCCGUAUUGCUCAAGAGAGAAAGAGAAAAUUGCAAGGUCUUCAGCCCGAGGAGGAGGAAGAAGAAGAAGAAGAGGAGGAGCAGGAAGCUGAGCAAAAGGCAGAAGAGGUAGAAGCAGACGUAGCAGCAGUAGAGGAGGAGGAACAGCAAGUGCCCUCCAAAGAUGAAGAAGCUAUUGAUGAUACGCCUUUGGGCGGCGAGCAGGAAGUAGCAGACAACGUGGAGGCUGAAGAUGCCAAGGCCGACGAGACAGAGCUCAAGGAGGAAAAGACUGUCGAAACCGGUGAUUUGGUCCAAGCAGAAGAGGAGGAUACUGUCAAGAAGGUGCGCGGUAUCCCUGAAGAUGUUGAACUCUUUGUUGUCUUUUGGGGUCAAAUUGUAGAGCUUGUCAAGGCUCGCCCUGACCUCUCCAUUCAAGAUUUGACUGCCUUGCUGGUAUCAUUAAUCAACUUGUCUCUAUCGUGCUACCCCGAAAAGAUUGACUAUGUGGAUCAAAUUCUUGCUUAUGCCAAGGACAAGGUACUCGAGUUUUCUGAUUCUCCUGAUCUUCAUUCCAAGGCCACCGAAGCCAAUCUCUUGGGAUUGCUCUUGGCUCCUAUCCAACACUACAGCUCCGCAUUGUACUUGUUAGCAUUAGCCAACUACCAGCCCUUAUUGGCUCUUCAACCUUACCCCACACGUCAACAAGCUGCCUACACUGUCGUCAAUAGCAUCUUGAGGAAUGCUACCAUCAUUGAUAUACCAGAGGAUGUGCACGGUGUGCUUGAAUUGUGCGAUGUGUUGUUGCGUGAUCAAAAGGACGCCCCUGUGACAGCAGCACCUCAACCUACGUAUGGUGGUGGGCGUCAAAAGCACGCAGAAUUGAGUUUGGAGCAAGAAGAGUACAUUGAAAAGCAAGGCUUGCUCGCUAGAAUGGUCCAUCUGUUCCAAUCUGAAAGUGAAGAUACACAGUUCUUGCUGUUAUCUGCUGCUAGAAAGCAGUUUGGUGACGGUGGCGAUCGCAUUCGAUACACAUUCCCUCCACUCAUUGUCUCUGCUGUCAAAUUGGCUAGACGCUACAAGUUCCAAGAAGAGCAAGAUGAAAUCUGGGAAAAGAAGACAUCUGCACUGUUCCGUUUCAUUCAUCAAGUGAUUUCUGCAUUGUAUCACAAGUGCGAAGUAGCUGACAACUGUCUUCAUUUGUUCCUGUUGGCGGGCCAAAGUGCGGAUGAAUGUGGGUUUGAGGAAAUCGCCUAUGAAUUCUUUGUGGAGGCUUUCACUAUUUAUGAAGAAUCCAUCUCGGAAUCCCGUGCUCAGUUCCAAGCCAUUACUUGCAUCAUUGGCGCUCUGCAACAAACGCGUGUGUUCUCUGUAGAUAACUAUGAUACAUUGAUCACCAAGGCCGCUUUGCAUAGCAGUAAACUCUUGAAGAAGCCUGACCAAUGUCGCGGCGUCUACCUCUCUUCUCAUCUCUGGUGGGCUACUGAGCGUGGCAUCACCGAGUCUGAUCUUCCUGAAGGAGAAAAAGCUACCUUAUUCAGAGAUGGCAAGCGUGCUCUUGAAUGUCUUCAAAAGGCAUUGAAGAUUGCUGAUAGCUGCAUGGAUCCUGUUACCAACGUCGAGCUAUUUGUUGAGAUUUUGAAUCGUUACAUUUACUACUUUGAAAAGGGCAAUGAGGCUGUUACUGUCAAGUAUUUGAACGGUUUGAUCGACCUCAUCAACACCAACUUGAGCAACAUGGACAAUCCUGAUCAACACCCUCCUACCUCCAACUCUUCUUCUCUGGUCGAGCAUGAAGGCCUUGUCUCUGACUAUGUCCGUCGUCAUUUCCGUGCCACUCUUUUGCACUUGCAAACUCGCAAAGAGCAAUCUGCUCGCACUGACUUUCAAGGGCCCAAGUAUGAUGAAUUAGAUCUUGGAGAUAUCUAA